GGGCCGCGAGUAUCCCUCCGCCACGCAACACACAUAGAACCUCGUGAGUGAUUCCGAUACGCGCAUGGAUAUCUUAAUUAGCCGCUGCUCAGCCAGGUGUGUAUAGUGAACCGGUCUGGAGCUGUAAAACACACUGAACUUUAGCGAGGACGGAGCAACAAGAUGUCGUUGAGGCGGACGAGGAACGCAGGAAAGGCCCAGAUGAAGGAACAGCUGAGCCGGGAGAUGCGACAGAGCAGGCUGGCUCUCUUCAUUCAACAGUUUGAGAAAGAAGCACAGGAACGUAUGAACGAGUUGGAUGCCAGAAUGGAGAACAUGUUGGCCACAGUGGACAAGGUCUUCAAAGUGGAACUGAUGAAGAUGCCUCCCUCUCUUCAAAAAACGCACAUAGGGGAUUUAAUAAGCGAGGAGCAAAUCUCAGCAAGUGAAGUGUCAAUAGCCAUGAAGAAUGAGUCCCUUGAGAUGCAGCAGCCCCUCAGGAGGACGCACAGUAAAAGAGUAAAAUCCACAGAUUCUUCACCGGGUCAGUCCACCACAGUCCAGAGGUCCUCAUCCAAGACCUUUAAGGCAGGAAAGGGGACUAAACGGACUAGAACGUUAGUUGGAAGUAACAGCACUGGAAAUCUCAGGGGCUCCUCAGUCACUGCCAAAAGAACUCAAAGCUGCUUGACCAAGACCAACGACCAGACCACAACGGCCAAACCUAAACUCAGGUCUGUGGUCUCUGCUGGUGAUCUGAACUGUUCCAUGGCGGGCUCUGCAGCGCACAUCACUGUUACCACAGCACAGGGACAGACUGUAUGCUUUUCUGAAGAGACAAAGAAUGACAUCAACUUGGAAUUGCUGGAUGACGUGGCAUGGUGCCAGAUUCAGAAGCUCACGAGUCUGAUGGACUAUCUGUCGAGUAAAGGUCGCUGCCAGCGAUGACUAAAGAUCCACUGUGAACAGGCUUUUCUUCUAAUUGAAUUGCUUUUUAAACUUUUAAC